AUGGCGGCAGGGUCCCAGGGUCCACGUCCCCUUGUCCUGGGCCUGCUGCUGUGUGUGCUCGGCCCGGCCGUGUCCCAGGGCGGGAAGCUGUUGGUAAUCCCCGUCGAUGGCAGCCACUGGCUGAGCUUGGGCGGGGUCAUCCAGCAGCUGCGGCAGAGGGGACAUGACAUCGUGGUCGUAGCACCGGAAGUCUCCAUGCACAUCAGAGGAGGAGAGUUCUACACCUUGAAGACCUACCCCGUGCCCUUCCGAAGGGAGGACUUGGAAGCAACUUUUACCAGCCUAGGGCGUCAUGUAUUUGCGAACCAGUCUUUCUUGCAGCGUGUGAUCAAAACGUACAAGAAAGUCAAAGAGGACUCGGCUCUGCUCUUGUCGUCCUGCUCCCAUCUACUGCACAACAAGGAGCUGAUGGCCUCCCUGGCCAGGGGCGGCUUCGAUGCUGUGCUGACCGACCCUUUCCUUCCUUGCGGCCCCAUCGUGGCCCAGUAUCUGGCCCUGCCUGUUGUGUUCAUCUUGAGUGCACUGCCUUGCGGUCUGGACUACCAGGGUACCCAGUGUCCCAACCCACCAUCCUAUGUGCCCAGGAUUCUGUCAUCUAACCCCGAUCGCAUGAGCUUCCUGCAGCGGGUGAAGAACAUGCUCAUUGCCUUGUCAGAGAACUUUCUGUGCAGUGUGGUUUAUUCUCCGUACGGGCCACUGGCCUCGGAAGUCCUGCAGAAAGACGUGACUGUCCAGGACCUCAUGAGCUCCGCCUCCAUCUGGCUUUUCAGAACUGACUUUGUGAAGAAUUACCCCAGGCCCAUCAUGCCCAAUAUGGUUUUUAUCGGUGGGAUCAACUGUGCUGGCAAAAAACCACUGUCCCAGGAAUUUGAAGCCUAUGUGAACGCCUCUGGAGAGCACGGGAUCGUGGUCUUCUCGUUGGGCUCGAUGGUCUCGGAGAUCCCGGAGAAGAAAGCCAUGGACAUUGCUGAUGCUUUGGGCAAAAUCCCUCAGACAGUCCUGUGGCGGUACACCGGGACUCGGCCGCCGAAUCUCGCCAAGAACACCAUCCUCGUCAAGUGGCUGCCCCAAAACGAUCUGCUUGGUCACCCGAAGACCCGUGCCUUUAUCACGCAUUCUGGCUCCCACGGCAUCUAUGAGGGGAUAUGCAACGGCGUUCCCAUGGUGAUGCUGCCCCUGUUCGGGGAUCAGAUGGACAACGCAAAGCACAUGGAGACCCGGGGAGCAGGAGUGUCUCUGAACGUCCUGGAAAUGACUUCUGAAGAUUUAGAAAAUGCCCUCAAAGCUGUCAUCCAUGACAAAAGCUAUAAGGAGAACAUCAUGCGUCUCUCCAGCCUCCACAAAGACCGUCCCAUCGAGCCACUAGACCUGGCUGUGUUCUGGGUGGAAUUCGUGAUGAGGCACAAGGGAGCGCCGCACCUGCGCCCUGCGGCCCACGACCUCACCUGGUACCAGUACCAUUCUUUGGAUGUGAUUGGCUUCCUCUUGGCCGUUGUGCUGGGAGUUACCUUCAUUGUCUAUAAAAGCUGUGUCUUCGGCUGCCGCAAAUGCUUUGGGAAGAAAAAGCGAGUGAAGAAAUCGAACAAAUCCAAGGCACACUGA